GCGGGCACACAGCCGCCCUAGCGACGGGCGCCUCGUUGCUAAGGGACGGCCUGAGGGACGGAUUCCUGCGCGCAUGGAGGUUGCAGACCCCAGGCCUCUUCAGCCACCCUGCCUCAGCCCCUGACAUGACUAGCAAGGGUCUAUCUGAAUCAUUUCUCCCAGAACAAUCUUUGGACAUCUUCAGCUAUAUGCAUUUACCACACAGAUCUGGUAGGAUUUGGGAUCCCCAGGAAUGCCAACUCAGAUGUGCCAGCAGUGGCAGGUGGCAUUGGCAAAGGUGUUGACUGAAUGCUUUGAACCAUGGGCAAGCUCCAGAGCAAAAUCAAACAUAACACCUACAAAUACAGAGCUGAAGCACACGUGGAGGAGAAUGGUCCUGCUAAAGUGGUCCAGGAGUACAAAGGAGCCCACGUGGAUGCUGUCAACUCAGUCACUGCGCUGAAUUCAGACCUUUGUGUUUCUGGAGGAAAAGAUAAGAUGGUUGUGGCCUACAAUUGGAGAUCUGGAGAUAUAAUGAAGCAGUUCAAAGGACACGAACGGGAAAUCACCAAGGUAGCCUGUGUUUUUGGAUCAAACCAGUUUUUCAGUGCAUCUCGUGACAAGACAGCAAUACUAUGGGAGUUGAAUGGAAAUUCGCAACCAGUACAACAGUUUCUGGGCCAUGAUAUGGUUGUUACUGGAUUAGCUGUGAGUCCAGAUUCUUCACAGAUAUGUACUGGUUCUCGGGACAAUAGUCUCUGCAUGUGGGAUAUAAAGACUGGAGAAUGUCUUCAGAAAACUACCAUUUCAAGAAACCUGGUCACUCAUCUGUGCUGGGUCCCUGGAGAACCACUUCUUCUCCAAACCUCUGAGGAUAAAAGCAUCAGAAUUUGGGACAGUCGGAGAUUGCAAGUAGCUCAUAAAUUUCCAGUAAAGCAGCAUAUUCAGACCUACUGUGACGUCAGUCCAGAUGGAUAUAACUGUGUCUCCUGUAGCAGUGGCUUUGGAGGGGAAGGCUGUGAAGCAACAUUGUGGGACCUAAGACAGACUAGAAGUAAAAUAUGUGAGUACAAAGGACAUUUCCAGACAGUGACCUCCUGUGUCUUCCUGCCGAAUGGGUUAUCUCUGAUACCAGCAAUUGCCACCUCAUCAUACGACAACAAGGUGAAGAUUUGGAACAAAGAUACUGGAGCCUGCCUUUUUACCCUACCUCUGGAUGGAUCCGGCCCUUUGGUUUCCUUGGCCGUCUGUGACACCUCCUCCCUACUUUGUGCAAGUUUCAACUCUGGAAUUCACUUACUCAGGAUCAGUAACAGCAAAGGGCUGCAGAUACAAGAAGUGGCCAAGUUUUGAUGCUCCGUUACCUUCCUUUGUAUAGGGAGCUCAGGCAAAAACAAAUCCUGGAACCUCUUCUCUCAGUGUAAGCUUUCUUUCAGUUGUGACCAUGCCACUGAGGAGGGCAUAAGGAACACAUUUAGGAGUGAUACACAGGUGUUAGCUCAGAGGUUGAAAUAAGCCCACUGUUUCAAAAAAACUCUUUGUCCCACCAUCCAAAAGUAAGUUUAUUCCUCAAGAUUUGCCCACUUUGUUUGUGAUAGGUGAAAGGUAGAUAGGGACCAGGUGGAGAGCCUCCCCUUGCUGAUGCCAGUCAGUACCUUCUCUGAAACUUAUCAUCUUAGAAAGCCACCCAGAGGUUAAGGGACUUGCUCCAGGUCACCUAGCCAGGAUGGGUCAGAGGUAGGACAUAUAAGCAGUUCUUCCUGACUUAGAGGCCAUCCUCAUGCCAGAGGAAGAUGUAGGCAGAAUUAGGAAGGAACAAAUAAACGUCCUAGUGGAGCUAGGUGAAAAUGUGUCUAGGCCCCUCAGAUUCUGUUCAGCGUCCCAAUUAGGCCUUUAUCCUCAGUGGAGAGAAGUCCUGGAUAUUUGGGUCCAUGCUUCUUCCCUUCUCCUUUGACUCUGACCCCAUUCCUGCAAGGUCUCCUAGGUCCAUGGCAACUAUGAUAGAGAAUAGGAGAAGCAGUAAGAAGUAUGAAUAUUUGAAUGAAUUCUAACUCAAGAAGUAAAAUAGCAGUGAAUAUCAGGGAAAUAACUAGUUAGAGUGAUGGGUUUGGAGAAUAGGCUGACGAUUACCUUAUUAGAGGAUUUUAAUCUUCUUAGAUUCACCCCAUGCAGCAAAACUUACAGAAUAGAAAUGGAACCUAUGGAACCUACUAUCAACAGUGCUCUGUUCCAGGGCCUACUCCAGAGAGGGGCUACCUGUUUUGUAUCUGAAAUUCCCAUAAAAACAUUCACCAACCGGGGUUGGCUUUGGAUCCUGGGGUUACUGGAUCUUUAUAUAGAGGUGCUUCUCUCUCUUUUCCCAUUCACAGCUGUAGCAUUAGGUUGCCUUAUUCUUACCAGGUUACAGAAACCAAAUGGUACAGAAGCUUAGGCAGCAAAGGUCAGUAAGUAUAAAGAGGGAAAUUGAAUCAGAGGUAGCAGCAGAGAGGAAUCACAUGCUUUUUUUUCCACAAAUUUUCUUUUUUUAAAAUUCCGAGCUUAGUGUACUCGAAAUAAAAUGAGCAUUUCUUUAUGUAAAAUAGAACAGAAAAAAGGGGAUCAUACGUGAAACUAAAAAUUUCACACAUAUUGCUUACUUUUGAUUUUCAAAACUUUCUUGCUGUUUCCUUUUGUCUUUCCUUUUUCUGGUACAUUUUUAAAAGGUGCUUCAAUUAUCUCUUCUUUUUUUCUUUUUUGGCACCCCUAUUACUACCUUCCUUUUUCUCUCCUCCCCCAUUGAAAAAAGAAAAACAAAAGUCUUGUAAUGUAUACAUAAUCAAGGGGGAAAAAAUUCCUACGUUGGCCAUGUCUUUGUAUGUUUCUUUCUGAACCAUGAUUUUAUUACCUCUCUGUCGGGAAGGGGGAAGCAAAGCUUUCAUGGACACAGAGCAAAAAAACUUAUUCUUCAUAUACAAAUUCCCACUUUCCUACCUGCAAAUACCACUAAAAUGUUAAUCCCAAAUUUUCUAAGUAGUUUACCCCAAGUUAUGUUGAAUUUAAUCAAAGGUUUCUUAGCGGUAAACCUUAAUCCCAAUUUUCAUUUCUCGUUUUCUUUUUGGAGGGGGAAGGCAGGACAAUUGGGGUUAAGUGACAUGCCUAAGGUCACACAGCUAGUAAGUGUGUCAAGUGUCUGAGGCCGGAUUUGAACUCAGGUCCUCCUAACUACAGGGCUGGUGCUCUACUCACUUCCCCACGUAGGUGCCCCAAUCCCAGUUUUCAAUCAGGGUUUUUAUACACCCAUUUAGAGCAGCCUUCCUUGCUCUGUGAAAUAUAGACUGUUCCAGUCUUCAGGCAAGACGCAUUUAAAUCAUAUCACACAAACUUAUUUUCUCCUAUAGUAGGAUAUUACAUACUCUUUGCUCUCUGUCAUUCUCUCUCGCUCUCUUUUGUCUUUCUUUUCUUGCUAUUUUAUUCUGUCACAUACCACUAUAUUUCAACAUCCCUAAUAAGCCACCUGAAUUCUCUUGGUACAGUUUAAGCAUCUUGUAUUGUUUUCUCUUCAGUGGAGAUGGAGGAAUAGAUUACCGUCCUCUGUAAAACAACCAAACUUUCUUUUCUCCAGGUUAAAUAAUUUUGAUUGUUUUAGCCUUUCCUCAUAACUCUUAUUUUCCAAUUUUGUUAUUUCCCUCUGAAUCCUGUCUGUAGUCUGUCUCAUGUUAUACAGCUCCAUAUUUAAACAAUCCCAUUAACCUUAGCAAACGUGUGUAUAAUGUCUUCUCAGUGUAAGGUAUUAUUACAGUGGGUGCUGAGGGUACAAGAAGUAAAAACAAUAUGGCCCCUGUUCUCAAGGAACCUGCUGUCUAAGGUAUCUUAAGGGUGUACUUCCAUGUAUGUGUCUUUUAAGAUAGCUAGAUACAAGGUGGAUUGCAACGAGGGCCAAGAGGGGCUAAAUGGCACAUAAAAAGAGCGGAAAGGCGUGCUAAUGAUGUCAGACAUUUUGCCUGAUUAUCUUUCUGCUUCAUUUGGAGCCCAAACCUGUGCAUUCAAGACGUUUGGCUGCCUGAAAUCUCUCUGACAUUUGUCAGGGCGCCAUUCUGUAGUUGAUAUCCUUUUAUUCCUAGAAGUGGGAGAGAGAUCAAGUAGGGAGAACAAGGGGCAGGCUCAAUCAGGAAAAUUGAAGUCGGUCGGGGCCAGCCAUGAUAGACCUGAAAGAAUUUAAAGGAAGAAAACCUGCUGAUUUAGCUCUCAAGAAAAUUGCCUUAUCAGGCCAACAGUUUCUCUCUCUAGCUCUAGUACUAGAGUAACCAUGGCAGCAGCUCCUGCUUCACUGGUCUGUGCAGGACCUAGAACUGAGACGUAAUAUUGGUGUAGUAAAAAGAGCACUGGAUUUGGAAUCAGAGGAUUUGGAUUCGGAGCUCAGUUCUGCUGCUCACUAGGUGACCUUGGGUAAAUCACUUCACUUCUCUGGGCCUCAGUUUCCUCUUCUGUAAAAUGAGGAGGUGGAACUAAUUGAUUUCUAAGGUCUCUUUUGUCUCCAAAUCCUCUGACUUAUAUAAAGUUUUACUUGAAAAAAAAAAUGUUAAACUACUAAUGGCUGAUUAGGAUCCCAUUUCCAGUGUUUGCCUAAGCUGUGUGCUAAAGACUGAUAUAAGUUGCUUACCAGUGUAUUUCUAUCUAAUUCAGUGAAUGUUUUUUGAGCACCUACUGUACACAAGUUCCUUUCAGUCAGUUCUAACUACCCUGAGCCAGAUUGUCCAAGUGCCCAAAGGUCCCUCUCUUGGAAACAGCACAAACUCUUUUCGACCAAGAACAGUUUUCUAAGUCGCUGCUUCAGUUACCAAACAAAUUCCUAGCUCCCGAAGAGGGUUGGUUUGUUCUCAGGUAAUGGUUUUGGCACUUGAAAAAUCUGACCUACUGUAUCCUAAGGGUAGUGUGACUGCAAAUGGUUUUUUUUUUUGGAAAUGUGAGUGAACAGAAAAUGUUCUGGGUUUCCAUGCAGAGCUCAUAUUGAAUCCCUUGAUACCGACUCGGGGAAAGGAAUUUAUCUUGAUUUUUGUUUUUAAAUGUGAUUUUAAAAUUAAAUAACUGUUUUUAUAUUUGUACUGUGGUUGAUAACCAGUGAUAAUGUAUUAACUACUUCGCAUAGGCAGGUUCAAUGUGAAUUUUUAAGUCUGUUCACGAGGUGCUUGGUGAACUGUAUCAAAUAAGUCACUCAACACGUAUUUAUUGAAAAUGUACCAUAUCCAAGGCACCAGUGGCACUUUUGUUUGGUAUUGUGAAACCUCAGCAAAUGUUUUUUAGAGAUUGAACACUUAUUUCAUGUGGUGUGUUUUUUGUAUUAAAUACUAAUGAGUUAAAAUAAAUGAAUUAAGUCGAAAACCCAGAC